AUGAAAGACUCUGAUAAUGAUGGAAUUCCCGAUGAUCAAGACGAUGACGACGAUAAUGAUGGUAUCAAGGAUUAUCAUGAAGAUCGAAAUGGUAAUCAGAUGUUGGAUAUUCUUGAAGCAAAAGAUACAGAUGGUGAUGGCAUUCCUGAUUAUCUAGAUGACGACGAUGAUGGGGACGGUAUACCUGAUUGCGAUGACGAUGAUGACGAUGGUGAUGGAAUUAUUGAUCUACUUGAUACAGAUGAUGAUAACGAUAAUAUACCAGACCACUUAGAUAGUGAUUCCGAUGGAGAUGGUAUUGACGAUAAAAAGCAAGACAGAAAUCGUCAUAAAACUACUAAUCCAAAAGAAACUGUCAAGAAAAAUAGAGAAACCAAAACGAUGGUGCAUUCACCUUCACCUAAAUCUCAACUACCAGGACAUUCAAAAAGCAAAUCACUACCUAAAAAGACAACAGAAGAUUAUGAUAAUGAAGACAGUGAAAAAACUGAUGAUGAUUAUGACAACAAGAAACUAUCUAAAAUGAAAGACAGUGGUAUCAAUAGUGAUAAUGAUGAUGACGAUGAUGAUGAUAACGAUGAAGACGAAGAUGACGCCGAUGGAGCAGAUGAUGGCAAACCUAUGACGAAAACUAGGUCUAUAGUUUUGUCUAUAUUAAAACGAAUCGAAAACAUCUUUGGUGUUGAAGAUGAUGAUGGUGAUCAUGAUGCUGAAGAGGAUGAUUCACAUGAAGAAAUUCAUGAUCAUUAA